AUGGUAAAGAAUCUGAAGCUCUAUCCUUUAGGGUGGAUUCAGAAGGAGACAGGAUUGAGUGUUAUCAGCCAAUGCACUUUCAGAUUUGCACUCCACGAGUCGUAUAUUAACGAGGUCAUGUGUGAUGUUGUUCCGUUAGAUGUUUACCAGGAGACUAGCUUGGUGACGGUGACUCAGGCGAAGAGGCUAGUGAAUGCGAGCAAGAAGUUUGUAUUAUUAUUCAUUAGGCCUUGUGAGGAGCAACUGAGUAGGAUAUGCUUGACCACCUUGAGCAAGCUUCAGGAGGGAGAUCUUGACAGAUGGAACGCCAAGCAUGCGGGCUUGUUUUCAGAGAUCACAGGACUACCACCACGACAGGGUGUGGAGCAUGAGAUUAUGCUGAAAGAGGAUUUUGUGAUAGUUUACCUUAAUGAUAUCUUGAUGUACUGUAGGACCUGGGAGGAGCAUCUUGUUCAUGUCGAGAAGGAUGGGAAGCUAGUAGAGUACUAUUCUGAGAUGUUCAUGGGUGCUAUUCAGAACUACCCUACCUACGACAAGGAGUUUUAUGCACUUUAUCAGGCGAUCAAGCAUUGGAGAGUGUAUUUGUUGGGUAAAGAUGUGGUUGUGCACUCGGAUCACAAGCCAUUAGAGUUCCUACAUGCCUAG